UCUUUGUCUCCCAUCCCUCCUCCACUCUGACCACCUUCCCUCCCGUCUUUCUUUUUUGCUACGAACAGAACUACCCCCCAUCCUCAUCCACCAUCAAUAAGCAUCGUCUCCACCCUCCUUCCUUCCCCCCUCCCUUCCCAUUUGAUCAUUCUUGAUCCAGUCGUGCCUCUCACCUGUUCCUGAACCCACUUAAUCCCUUCACACUCCACCUUAUUCGACCCGACAAAAGCGGAAGCGGACGACACACACAACCAUGAAGAUCCUCAGUCGCCCCUCGAUGGGCCUGGUUGUCUCCAUGGCAGCCUUGCUCACUGCUUCGAUACAGCGAGUUGCAGCAUUUGGACGAAGUAGGUGGAAUCCCCCUCCUUUUUGGCUAGUGCCAAUAUUGGAUUAUACAAUCGUUUUUUUUCUUAUUAUUUUUUUCUCUUCCCCUGAGUCCAUCGCCCAAUUGAUUGUGCGACAGUUGUUUUACCUGAAGGAAUGUAGACUAUCAUUCAACCCAUCCCAUCAUAUGCUCCGCCCCGCGCCUUUACCCACACUUUUGGAAUCUCAUUCAGAUGAGGUCCUUCAGGAUGUGCACCAUGGCAAACUGAUUACGAAAAAAUUUCCGAAUCAGCAACUUGGACGUGUCAACAGCUCACCGACGUUUUUCUGACACGCAUGCUUUUAGUGUACAUGUUCAUAAGAAGAAAGAAAAAAAGCUGUCAGUUUAUUGGUUGCCUUACACCAUUCCUGUAUCCAUUUUUUUUUUCUUCGCAUACUUCCCUUG